GACGAAGAAAGCAAUUUAAUAGGAAUUAAAUUUUCAGACAAUGGCAACACAUCUUAAAGUUAAGAAAUUAAGAUGAAAAGUGGAACUUUUUAUUUGACAAUUAUUUUGUGCAAGAUUGCGAUAACAACAAGCAAAAGUCUCGAGUUUCUUGGUUGCUAUCAUGACAGUAAAGAACCCAAGCUAUUUAAUUUUUCGCCUGGUGAUUAUCUUCCUUCAGAUUUAACUCCUUUUUCUUGUAUUGAAGCAUGUGGAAAGCAUGCGCAUUUUGCUGGUGUUGAAGAUGGAACAAUUUGUUUAUGUUCUAAGAAAAAACCUAAAAAAUUUGAUGACAAUAAUGAUUGUUUAGUCCCCUGUAAAGCAUACUUAAAUAGCAAUUUAUCUUCAAGUUAUUCUUGUGGUGGUAGAAACCGGCUUAGUGUGUAUGAUGUUAGAAAAUACAUAUAUGGUUUGCAGUUACAUGUUCCAGAUGUUGCUAAACUGUAUUCUCCCGUAGAACUGGUUACUAGCAUUGUCAAUGGUAUUGAUAUUAGUUACAAAUUUUUUUCUACUAAUGACAAAACAUUGUAUGCAGAGGAUUUAAAAACAUCCAAGUUUACUCACUACUUCACUAAUACUGGUAAUUUUGAGAUUGUGGUGGAGGCAAGGAAUAGUUUAUCAUUUGCUACGGCAAAAGCAUUUGUUUCUGUAACUGAUGAAUAUUCAGAAGGAAACAUGUCAUGUCACCAUAAUCAAAAGUUUGGUUUAGAUGUUGAAUGUUCUGGAUAUGUAUUUAGGGGUUCACCUUUUAUUUCAUAUUUUGAUUUUGGUGAUGGCCAUGUGGAGCACAUUGAGUCAAGUGUGACAUUUUCUUAUAUUGGAGAUAUAGUUUCAACUAACUUACAAUCAUCCAGCCUGAAGAAUGCAGAGGUUCUAACUAAAUCAUUUACUGUUGUAUUUCCGAGAACAGAGUUUUUUGAGGAAAGUCGUAUAUCAGCAUUUGAAUUUGAAGCAUUUGAGAUUGGAAUUAUAUAUUUGCAGAUUUUUAGACCAAAAUGUUUGCCUAAUGAAGUUUAUUGUUCUAAUGAGAACCAAUGUCAACCGGCAACAAUGCCUUGUCAAAAAUAUAAUGAAAAAUCAUGUAAACUCGAUGAGGUGUUUUGUCUUCUUAAAGGGAGAUGUAUGCCUAAUGUUAACUACAGGUGUGAUGAAGAAGAGCAGCCAAUAGUUAAAGCACCAAUCAAUUUUGUACUCAUUGAACAGUUACGUUAUAAUAUUACUGAAACUGGGCGUACAAUGGUUGCACUGGAGAAUAUUAUUCUAGCAAAUGAAGGGGAUGUAUUUGGGUAUACUUCCUAUGGCGGAAAAAUUCUCUAUGAAAAUUAUACAAAUACAAAAGCCCACUAUGAGUUUGUUUUUCCUUCAUCAGUUUCACUAAACAGUGUUUUUGUUUCUACAGAGUCGACUAUUGUUCAUUACCAACAUUUGUACAAAGUUCAUUACAUCAAACCGUUUAAGUUCUAUCUACAACAUAAGUAUUCUCUUCCCAAAACUUAUUUAGUAACUUCAAACAUAUCAGCACCUCUUAUGGUAUCUGUUCAAAUUCCUGUUGAUAAAUUGAACAUUCAAUGUCCUAGAAAUGUGCUUACAAACCAAGAAUUUCUUUUAACUUUAAAUGUUGACAAGGGCACAAACUUAACAUACAAUAUUGAUUUUGGAAAUGGAACUCAAUAUAUUGGUAUAAGUUCACAGUUUAAUUGUUCUUUUACAAAGUCUGGGUUUUAUAGAAUAAAUGCAUCAGUUUUUAACUUAGUAUCACUUGAAUCAGACAGCGUAUUAGUAAAAAUAUUUGACGACAUUUCUGGGCUUUCUUUUGAAAGUUUUAUAAAACCAGUUGCACUUGGUGAGGAAACUUUAGUUAGCUGGUGCUUAAAAAUAGGGACAAACGUAACAUUUAUUAUUGAUUUUGGGGAUGAUAGUUCAAAUGAAGUAUUUGAUUUUUCAUCAAAAAGAUGUCACUCUGUUAAACACAUUUUUAAGAAUAAUGGAAGCUUUACAGUUAUGAUCAGUGCAAAAAAUGACAUGAUUAAUACUAGUGUGAUACAAGGAACUGCAUUAGUUGAAGUUCCUUUAAAAAAUUUAACAGUUGCAGUUCAUCAUAAUUUUGUUACAAAUAAUGUUUAUUUAGAUCUUGGUGAGCCACUUCAUAUAGAAGCACAGUUAGCAGAGGGAAGCAAUGUAGUCUGCAGGUAUGAUUUCAAUGGCUCAGUCAAUCCCAUAGAACUAUCAAACACUGUUGCAAAAUAUUUGUUUGCAAAGGAAGGAAAAUAUUCAGUUUCAGUGGAGUGCUUUAAUUCCAUUUCCAAAAUUCAAACAAAUUUAACUAUGAUAAUAAUUGUGGAAAAGCUUGCUGUUCUCUCUGAUCUACAAGUUAAUGUCAAUAAUACAAUAUUAGGGGAGUUUUCUUAUGUUAGUGCUACCAUGGCUACUGGAAGUCUUUACAUUUGCAAAUGGGAUCUUGGAAAUAGUCUAGAAAAAAAAGUAGACAAAUCAACAUUUCGAGAUAUCAUUGCGCUAAAAUAUAAUCAUGUUGGAAAUUAUACAAUAAGACUUACUUGCUGGAAUUCCAAAGGUUCUGUUGUUGCAACUAAAAUAUUUUCUGUUGAUGUACCUAUAUCAAAUUUGAAGUUGUUUUGCCCACCAAAAUAUAUUAAUGUGUCUGAAAAAGCCCUAUUUCAAAUUCAAGUUGUUAAUGGGUCUCGUCUAACACAUGAAGUUAUCUUUGGUGAUGGAAAUAAACAAAUUAUUUCUGUUUUACAAACUGACUCUACCAAAUCUGAUGUCUACCAUUUGUUUAAAAAACCUGGUAUGUAUGAGGUAACUUUAAAAACCUGGAAUUCUCUAGAUGUUAUUGGUACUUCUUGUCCCUAUUUUGUUCAUGUUCAAUGUCCUAUUUCUUCAGUUAAUAUAUCAUCAAAUAGUCCAAUAAGACUUGACCCUGGUAACGCUAUUUUUAAAGCAGAAGGUCCUUCUGAUUGUUUUCCUACUAAUGCAUCUGUAAAAUGGAAUUUUGGUGACGGAUCAUUAAUCCAAACAAAACCAUUAAUCUCGUAUGGUGUAGUCAAUACAUACACAUACUUAUCAUCUGGAAAAUAUGCAGUGGUGGUUAUUAUCCAAAAUCAAGUUAGUAAAAUGGUUUUGGAAUUAGUUGUUGAUGUGCAGGAAAUAAAAUCAGUAUUUUUAAGUAUUUAUUGGAUUGAUACAAAUAGACUGGUCCGUGGCAAUGAAAACAAAUACUAUCCUUUAGAUAAGAAGUUGUACUUUAAUAUUACCUCACAGGAUAAGGAUAUAGCAUACACAUUCAAUUUAGACAACUCCCUACAGCCAAAACUGUUGUUUGUAAAUUACAUUGAACAUGUUUAUUUUGAACCUGGCACAUAUCUCAUUAGUUGCAUUGUGCAUAAUACACUUGGUAUUUUUAAGGAUGAAAAAGAGAUUGUGGUUCAGGAGAGUAUUCUUGGGAUGAAAGUAAAUAUAACAUCAUCAGUAAAUUUUGGAGAUCCUAUUGUCAUAAAAACUCAUGCUAUUCAAUAUGGUUCUCAAGUAUGCGGCAUCAUUGAUUUUGGAAAUGGUGUGUCCUAUAAAAUAAAUAAAAACUAUUGUAAUGAAAAUCUUGAAAAUAAUUCAAAGGAAAUCUUAUAUUAUUUUACAGAUGGCGUUCCAUUGAAUUUGUCUUACAUAUACCACACCAAAGGAGUUCAUAAAGUUCUUGUAAAUUUUUAUAACAAAGUGAGUUCCUACUUGUACAAUGCUCAAGUGAAUGUUAUUUAUAGACCAUGUGAUGAUCCGCAAGUUUUAAUUUUGUCUGGAGGUAGUCUUAAGCAACCAGUUCCAUCACCUCGUACUUCGAGGCUUACUAUUCAAUCAAAUGUUUCUCUUAUAUGUUCUGUUGCAGAAAAUGUUAUAUUUUCUUGGUUUUUGUUUGACAGAUUUAACAAAGUACUUGUUUCAGAGAAUUUUACUGCUAAGAUGCCAUUUCAUAGAAUUCCUGGAAAACAUGAUCCAAGUAUUUUUAAAAUUGAAGAAAAUAGUGUGCCAUAUGGUCUCAUCAGAAUUGAGCUACUUGUGGUGUACAAAAGUGCUGAAGAAAACCUUAGUUAUAUAAACUCGAAGGAUUUCAAAUAUUUUGAAAUUCAAUAUUCACGUCUGCUUACAAAAAUUGAGGGCGGAAUACGAAGAGCAGUUGGUUUUAUGACAGAUCUGGAAUUUGAUGCAUCAGAAUCAUUUGAUCCAGAUUUUUUACUUUUGGAAAAUCAGGACGAUAUGAACUUCACUUGGUAUUGUAGACGAAAAGAAGAGGAGUUUCCUUUUGAUUAUGAAUACUCAUCUGCUACUUUGAAUAAAACUUCUGGCUGCUAUAAAAAUGGUCUGUAUCGUUUAGAUAAAAGUAUUGGAGGUUUUAAAGUGUUAAAUGAAGAUGCAAGCAAAAUAUCAAUAUUCACUGAUUUGGUACAAAAUGCUUCAUAUGUUAUGCGUGUUGUAGUUACCAAAGAUACCAGAAAAAACUUCUAUGACCAAGAGUUCAUCAUAUAUCUUAAUCAACCACCGUCACUUUUUAUAUACUGUUCAUACAACUGUUAUGAAAAGACAAUCCCAUCUGAACCAUUGCGUGUGCAAAGUGUCUGUGCGAAUUGCAGGAAUGCUCUUCACGUAUUAUACACCUGGCGUUUGUAUGAAAUUAUAGAUAAAGUCAACAAAAGAGGGAGAUUAGUGAGCGAAGAAAUUGAAAUAACUGAUCUUGCAUUAAAAACAACAACUCCCAUAAAUAACCCAAACAUUGCAUUAAAACCAAAUGUUAUGAAGUUGGGAAAUAAAUAUGUAUUAAGGGUUGCAGCAUGUAGGGCAGACGCAGAUGAUGAGUUAUCUGGAUUUAGUGAUUUUGUUUUUACUGUUAAUCAACCACCAUAUGGUGGGUUUUGUCAAAUAAAUCCAAACACUGGUGUAACAUUAUAUACAAUGUUUGAAAUUAAAUGUGAUCAAUGGAAUGAUGAAGAUACACCUCUCUUAUAUGUUGUGGACUCUCAUUGUGGUGAUUUGGUCCAAAAUAUGUAUACUGGUCCAGAAAAUCAUAUUUCAAUAAUUUUACCACUUGGAAAUAAAGAAGAGGAUUACUGGUAUGAUCUCAUUGUUAGAGUGGAAGAUAAAUAUAAGUUUGGUGUUUCUCAAACAUUUCGUGUCCAGGUAAAAGAGCCUGCCAGUGUGGACUACAAUGCAGUAGGCAAGAGUAUAGAAUCUCUUGCUCAAAAUAAUGAACUGCAAGCUUUGACAAGAAUGGGUGCUGCAGUAGCUUCUAUUUUAAACAAGAAAGCAUCAAAUGCAGAAUCAUCAAAGAAUAGGGAAAUAAUUUUAGAAUCACUCAGCAUGGUAAGACCUUGUAAGUUGUCUGAGAUCAAACAAAUAGGAGGAGUGCAUAUGCAGUUAACUCAAUCAAAAUAUGAACUUACUGACGUAGCUCAGAAAAAAUCUGCAGAAGUACUUAGUGCCAUGUCUGGUUGUAUGACCCUCUCAGACCCACGCGAUCCAUAUAUGCCAGACACAGCAAAAACCUUAUUUCGGGCUUCUUAUAACAUUUUAAGUGCAGGAAUGUUAAAGAAUACAUCAGAUAAAAACAGUAGUGCUUCUGCCGGUAACAUUGCAAAUACAGUUGAUAUGAUAGGUAGUGCAUUUAUGCGACAAAUGGUUGCUGGAGACAUGCCAGAAAUUGUAUCUAUUGGGAACAUUAGCAUUAAAAUGGCACAAAUUCCUGAAUAUGCCGAUGAAGAUCAUAUAGGGUUCAAACUACCAAAUCUUACGUCUGUUUUAAAGAAUCAUUCUGAGUCUCUUUUUAAAUCUGGAAGAGUGGUUUCAGUGGGUGCAAUGGUAACUUCAUUUUCUGAUAACCCAUACAAAGAUAGUGUUGGCUCAAAUGACAUUGCUUCUGAAGUAAUGGGUUUAGCAGUUUCAGGACCAAAUGGUAAACCAUUGGAUCUUGCUAGUGAAGAGCUAUCAUUGUUUGUAAAACGAAACUUAGCCUCAGAUGAGCCAGCUGUAUUUUAUGAAUAUGAUAAAGAUGGAUCAUUAAACAUUCAUAGGUUUAAUUACACUACAGAGAGUAACUUUGUUGUCGUUGAAAGUCGUCCAGUUGAUCUUCAUACUCAAGUAAACUAUUUUAUUGCAUUUAAUAAAACACCAACUUUUCACAACCACCUUGCCAACCAUAGUACAAUUAAUCUUGAAAAAGCAAAACUUUUAAACUCUCUCCCAGAUCCAUUUAUUCGUGUAUUUUCAUCAAUUGAAUUGAAUGGAACAGGAGAAUAUUACAUUGGUGUAAAAAUAACACCAAGUCGAAAAGAUAUCUAUGGAAACUAUGAAUACAAUCCAUUAAUGAGUUACACUCUAAGGAUAUGGGAAACUGUUUGUAAAAUAUGGGAUGAAGAGUUAGGAACUUUUGUUACUAAAGGGUGUAAGGUUGGUCAAAAAACUACAUUCAAUAAAACUCAUUGUGUCUGUAAAAUGGAAUUCAAUAAUGAAAGUGAAAACAAGGUUUCUUCAAAUAGUCUAACGCCUGCCACAAUUGAAUCAAAAGUAGUAAACACAAGAAAUAAAAGAGAAGCUACUGUGAAAAAAGAAAAAGUUAAAAGAGAAGUCAAGCGUGCAACAUUUGCUGCAAGUUUUUUUGUGGCACCUAAUCCUAUUGACUUUUCUAAAGUUUUUUCAGGUUUUCUUAACUUAUCAAAUAAUCCAACUGCAUUUUCUGUGGUGCUAUCAAUUUUUGGCAUUUAUCUUAUUCUUUUAUUCUGGGCAAGAAGAGAAGAUAGAAAAGAUGUAGAAAGGGCUGGUGUAACAGCUUUGAAAGAAAAUGAUCCCUCUGAUAUUCAAUUCUAUGAAAUAACAGUGUAUACCGGGUUUUCUGGAAAAGGAUCAACUUCUGCAAAUGUUUUCAUACAACUAAGUGGAGAUGAGGGAGAUGGAGAAGUAAGACAGUUAGUUGCACCAAAUAAGAAACUAUUCAAGAAAAGAGGGCAAGAUGUAUUUUUAGCUAGUUUCCCAGAUCAUAUUGGUGAUCUUCAAUACUUAAGGAUUUGGCAUGAUAAUGCUGGCAAAAGUCCUUCCUGGUAUUUAAGUCAAGUUAUGGUUCAUGACUUAAAUACUGACAGAAAGUAUCUUUUUAUAAAUGACAAUUUAAUUGCUGUUGAAGCUGGUAAUGGUUCACUUGAACGAAUACUUCCAGUAGCUGGACCUGAGGAUAUGACAACCUUUAAUCAUUUGUUUUUUUCAACAUCUCAAAAGAAUAUUUCAGAUAACCAUAUUUGGUUUAGUGUCUUUAUUCGCCCACCUAAAUCAAGAUUUACUAGAGUACAAAGAUUAUCCUGUUGUCUGACGCUUCUCUAUUGCACAAUGCUAACAAAUGCAAUGUUUUAUCAAGUAGGAGGAGAGUCGUCAGAAUCAAUACAGGUUGGUCCACUUUCAUUUAAUCCAAGACAAAUUGGAAUAGCUGUUAUUACAAGUUUGAUUAUUUUUCCAGUAAACAUUCUCAUUGUUGGUGUGUUUAGAAAUGUAGGGCCUAAACCAACGCCAGAAGAAAUGGCAUUAAAAAAACUGAAACGGCAUUGGUGGCUUUAUGAGUUAUUUUUCUGUUGUAAACAAUCAAAACCAAAUAAUUUUAUCAAUUUAAUAAGUGCAUUAAGUGGUUCACCAACAGGAAGUCGUGUACAUAUUAUGAAUGAAACAACUAUAAGUGACACUGAUAUUGGAUUAAAAUUAGAGACUUUGACACAAGAGAAGUCUCGUUUGGAGAAAGAGAAAAAACUGAAAAAGCAGAACAAGCUCCCUUGGUGGAUGAAGUAUUUUUCUUGGCUUCUUUUAGUUUUAGUAUCAUUUACUUCAGCAUUUUUUGUUGUUCUCUAUGGAUUUACAUUUGGAAAAGAAAAAUCUGCUCAAUGGCUCAGCACUCUUUUUCUUACUUUAUUUCAAGAUAUUUGUGUUUCUCAGCCCAUAAAAAUAUUUGGUUUAGCAUUGUUCAUUGCUCUUAUUGUCAAGAAACCUGUGGACGAUGAAGAAGAAGAAUAUGAAGGCAAUAAAAAGCAAAUUGAUGAAGAAUAUAUCAAUAACAGACGGGAACGAGAUCCUGAUAAUAAUGAAAGCAGACAAAGACAAAAUAUUAUUCGUUUUCAGCCUCCUUCAAAAGAAAAGAUUGCCCAACUAAGAGCUUACAGACUGAAGGAAAUAAAAAUGUAUGACAUGAUGCGAGAUUUUGUUAUCUACGUUAUGUUUGUAAUUGCUCUAUGCCAAGUCACAUACUCAUUUAUGGAUUCUAGAUCAUACAUGGUUCAAAAAAGUUUAGAUAACAUAUUUAUACAAGAAUCUGAUUUAGGACCUGGUUUUAGAGAUAUUAAGUCUUUAAAUGAUGUGUGGCCAUGGCUAAACAGCACUGUUGUGAAUGCCUUGUUUAGUCCACACUUGUAUAAUGGAUAUCCUAAUGCACCUGGAUUCACAAAAGAUCUUUCUUCUCAUUUAUUUGGUGGAGCAAGGUUGCGUCAAUUAAGAGUAGAAAAAGAUUCUUGUCUUGUCCACCCUGACUUCAAAAGGAUAAUUUCUCAAUGCAAAAGUUGGUACACCAUAUUUAAUGAAGACAAUGGAAAUUAUGCUCCUGGUUGGAAUCUUUUACUUAAUAAAACAAUAAAAUCAAAGUAUUCAAAUCCAUGGCAAUACCAAACUUCCAGUGUUCUUCAGACCUACCCGUUUAUUGGAUACUUGGCUACUUAUACUGGUGGAGGAUAUGUCGCAGAUUUGGGUAAUUAUCCUUUAAAAAGUCACCAAGUCAUAAAUGAUCUUCAUCAAAACAAAUGGAUUGAUGGAAGAACACGUGCUUUGUUCUUGGAGUUUUCUACUUAUAAUCCACAAGUAAAUUUGUUUGGCAUUGUUAACUUGUUACUCGAGUUCUCACCUUCAAGUGCUGUGGAGUUUUUUAGUAGCAUACAUAUUGCUAGAUUGUACACGUUUGCUGGUGAAACAGCAACUUUAACUCUAGUGUGUCAAAUAUUUGUUGUUUUCUUUUUUCUUAUUGCGAUGUACAAAGAAGCAAAAAAAAUUUACAAAAUGAAAAAAUUGUAUUUCAGAGGAUUUUGGAAUCUUUAUGAGUUUUUCCUCAUAAUCCUAUUGCUUAUUACGACUGGUGUCUUUUUUUCACGAGUUAUGUUAGUAAAGAAGGCUGUUAAAAGCAUUCAAGAAGACCAAAAAAAAUUUGUGAGCUUCAACAGAAUUGUGCAAUGGGAUCAACUUUUUUCUGGCUUAACGUCAGUUUUGGUAUUGUUGACUUGCAUCAAGUCUAUUCGCAUUCUUCAAUAUAACAAAACUAUUUCCCUUUUUGUUUUGACUCUUAAAAAAAGUGCUAGCCCUCUUGCUGCAUUUUUUUUGAUAUUUGCUAUAUUUUUUACGUCAUUUACAGCGUGGGCUUAUUUGAUGUUUAUUCCGUAUCUUCCAGAGUAUAGUAACUACAUUUCUGCCUCCGAGUCAGUGAUGUCGUUGCUAUUGGGUAGUUUUAAGUUUAAGGACAUCGUAUCUGCAAAACCUGUUUUGGGCUCUUUGUGGUUUACUUUAAUCAUGAUUUUUGGUGUAAUGUAUAUCAUGAAUGUUUUUUUAACGAUUGUCAUGGAAACUUACGCAUCGGUUAACAAAGAUCUUUCGAUGACAAAUCAAAAGUACGAAAUCGUCGACUUCAUGAUCAAGAAGUUUUUAAAGUUAAUAAGCCGUGACCCACAAUCUGUCGCACCAGAAGAAAUUGGAGUCGUUAAUAUGGCGAUGGAAAAUCUAACUGAAUCAGAACCAUUCAACAAUAUACAGAAACAUUACAAUAAUAAAUCUAAUGCUCAUUUAAUAAACAAAUAUCACUCCGACCACGAGAUCGAAAACAAGUUAUUAGCUUUAGAAAAAUCUCUUGAUAAAUAUUGGAAAAUGACGUGCGCUUUUGAUAGUAUGGAAGAAACUGUAAGAAAGCGUGUGUUGAGUGUUCAAGACUGGGAUUUCGAUGAAACUCAAGAAGAUGUGAUGCAAAAAGCUUUGUUAGCGGAGCUUGCUAAAUGGUCGUAAACAAAUGUUGCAUUUUUUUUUAUUUUCAAGAUAUAAAACGAAAUUCGCAGAUGAAUGGAUGGCGUAUUUGGGCUGUUGAUAAGUAUGCAGUUGAGAGAACUCCCCCGACCCAGUCAAAAAGUUUUUUUUUUUUUUGCAUGAAUUGUGCUUUACUACUAGAUUUUUUUUAAGGAGAAGAGGUAGACCUUUUACCUCCGUCAAGUAUUUUAACUUAUCUACGGUUUUGUUUAUGUAAGCAUUUAUUAAAUGUUAUAUAAAUGUACAAUAUUUUU